CGAUCAAGUAAGACACUGCAAGAUGAGAGGAAUAAGGAAAAAGACAGGUAGUAAACUAAGCAGUUACAACCCACACUCAACCAACGCGCUGAUCCCACGCGCUCACAAAGGUAUAAAAAAAACACUCCUUCGUCUUACUUACUUCGCGUUAUUUUGUAGUGACUUUUGUAACUUUUACACUGCAUCUAUCAAAGGGCAUUUUAGUCGCGGUGAUGAAGUGCGGAGUUAUGAGUUUUGAUGGACUGACUGAUUGAUGGAUAGAUGGAUGGAUGGAUAGAUAGAUGGAUGGAUGGAUGGAUGGAUGGAUGGAUGGAUAGAUGGAUGGAUGGAUGGAUGGAUG